GGGCGGCCAGGGGGCGAUCUUGCCGGAGGGUGGGGCUUUGUGACGGGCCGGGUUAGCCCCAGGGCUCCCGGGGCGGGGCUAAAGUUUUUGGGGGCGGGGCUAACGUUUGUGUGGGCGUGGUUUAGGUUUAGGGGCGUGACCAGAGAGGCACGUGUUGGAUAUUCCGGGGUGAGGCUGUGUGGGGGCGUGGGUUGAUGUCAGUGGACGUGGCCUCGGUGAAGACCACCAGGGUUGGGACUUACUGGUGGGGCUGGAGGUGUGGCCACAAGGUGUGGCUUAAGGGUGGGGUGUGGUCUGUGGAGCCACGCCCCCAGCGACCCCAUCCCACCUUCCCUACAGGUGCCCAGGACCCCCGACCCCGCCCGUGGUGCGGGCAGGGUGGGGCAGAGCCGGGCUCUUCAGGUGCGCAGGCACCGCCCUGGCACCCCUUGUUGGUUACAGGUGAGGCAGAGAUGGAGCCAGGGAGGACACUGGACACAGUGUCCCCAAGCUGUCACCACAGUGAGGACAAUGAGGAGGAAGAUGUGACAGCAGCCAUGACAUCAUCCGUGUGUCACCCAGCUGGGAACAAGAAGGAGGAGGACAAGGAGGUGGCAGCAGUGGUGACAGCCACAGAGUCCCUUAGGUGCCACCCCACUGAGGAGGAGGAAGAGGAGGUGGCAGUGGCCAUGACAUCCCAAGGUGGGCCAUGUGGCAGGGAUGACGAUGUGGCGGCAGCAGUGACAGCAGAAGCAGCCACAACGUCCCAGGGCUGUCAUCCCGGUGAGGAGGAGGUGACCACGGUGGGGACAUCCCUGGGGUGUCACCCACUUGGGAAUGAGGAGGAGGAGGUGACCACAGCGGGGAGAGCAGCGGUGACAUCCCCAGGCAUUCAACCCAGUGAGGAGGAGAUGACCAUGGCAGCAACAUCCCCAGCACGUCCUCCUGCAGGGGAUGAAGAGGAGGUGACAGCCGCAGUGACAUCCCCAGGGUGUCACCCCAAUGAGGAGGAGGUGAUGACAGCAGUGACAUCCCCGGUGUGUCACCCUGGUGAGGAAGAGGAGGAGGUGACGGCAGCGGUGACAUCCCCAGUGUGUCACCAUGAGGAGGAAGAGGAGGAGGUGACGGCAGCGAUGACAUCCCCAGUGUGUCACCCUGGUGAGGAAGAGGAGGAGGUGACGGCAGCGGUGACGGCAGCUGCGGCCACGUCAGCCCCGGGCGGGCGGCGCGGCGCAGACGAGGACGUGGCGGCCGCGGGCUGGCGAGCACGGCGCAAACACGUGUUCGUGCUCAGCGAGGCGGGGAAGCCAAUCUACUCCCGGCACGGCAACGAGGAGGCGCUGGCGGCCACCAUGGGUGUCAUGAUGGCCCUCGUGUCCUUCAUACAGAGUGGCGGCAAUGCCAUCCGGGCCAUCUGCUCCGAAGACCGCACGCUGGUGUUCGAGCAGCGGGGCCCGCUGCUGCUGGUGUCGGUGUCCCGCACGCGGCAGUCGGCUGCGCAGCUGCGGCGGGAGCUGGCCUUCGUGCACGAGCAGAUCCUGUCGCUGCUGACCCGCGGGGGCAUCGCCCGCGUCUUCGCCCGACGCCGCGGCUUCGACCUGCGCCGGCUGCUGGCGGGCGCCGAGGCCGUGCUGGACCGGCUGCUCUGCGGGGCCGCGGCCGACGGGCGGCUGCUGCUGGGGGCCGCUCGCUGCCUGCCCCUGCCCGGGGGGCUCCGCCGCGCCGUGUCCGGGGCCCUGCGCCGCGCCGCCGCCGCCGCCCGCCCCGCGCCCGCCCUGGCCGUGCUGGCGGCUCGAGGCCGCCUGGUGACGGCGGCUCGGCAGCGGGCGCUGGCCGAGGGCGGGCGGCUCUGCGCCAGCGACCUCCACCUGCUGCUCAACCUGCUGGGCGGCGGGGCUGGCGCGGGGGCGGGCGAGGUGUGGACCCCCGUGUGCUUGCCCCGCUUCAACCCCGACGGGUAUUUCUACGCGUACGCGGCGCGGCUGGGCGAGGAGGAGGAGGAGGGUGUGACGCUGAUCCUGCUGUCCACGGAGCGAGAGGGAUUCUACGCGGCGGCCGCGUGCCGGCGGCAGCUGGAGGACACGCUGCGGGCGCAGGGCUGGCUGGCUGAGCUGGCGGCGGCCGUGCGGGGGGGAGCGGGGUACGGUCCCUCCCGCCCCGGCGCCCCCGAGCUCCGGCACUUCCUGUACAAACCCUUGGAGGGGCCGGAGGAGAUGCAGCAGCUGCCGCAGUUCACCAGCCCCGAGCUGGAGGAGCCCUACACCAGCGAGGAGGAGCAGCACCGGCUCUUCGACCUGUACCACUACCUGCACAGCCGCGUGCACAGCCCGCACCGGCCCCUGCGCCUGCUCUACCACGUGGCUGAGAAGGAAACGCUGCUGGCCUGGGUGACCAGCAAGUUCGAGCUGUACAGCUGCUUCAGCCCGCUGGUGACGAAGGCGGGCGCCAUCGCCGUGCUGACCAAGCUGCUGCGCUGGCUCAAGAAGGAGGAGGACUGGCUGUUCAUCCGCUACCCGGCACCGUUCUGCGCCGCGCCCGCGCGCCCCGAGGGGCCCGAGCCCGAGGGCUGACAAUAAACACUGAGACCCCGG